GGCUGUGAUACCAGGGACUAGAGCAAGGGGGCGCUGAAUAGCACUCAUCUUAAUGGACUACUGACAGCGGCUGGAUCAGAAAUUCUCGAGACCUCGGCACAUAGAGCAAGUCAUCAGGACGAGUAAUGACACAAGAAGAUGCCAUAGUGCUUUUGCAUCCAAACCGUCUACUUGGAAGAACUGGUGUAACAUUAUACCUCCACUUGUCAGCUCAAACUGACAUACCUCAUGGAACACAGUACUUAGAUGGAGCCACAUGCCAGAUGUCUCUGAUCACGAGUGCAGGCAGAGAUUCUGCUCUUUCUAGUCUCAUUGGAGAGGACAGACAGCAGGACUGGAUAGGUGAUGCCAUUGCUCAUAAGGACCACUGAGGAACUGCCCUGAUCUGUCACACAAUAACAAGGUAGAGUUACAACCUCGACCAAGUCCUGAUUCUGUAUACUCCCUAUCACUCUGGACAAAACAGUUCAAAGGUCUCUCCACCUACACUGCUGCACUCCACGCAGCAUCCUGCAAGACAUCCGUUCCCUCUCCCUCUAUCAGCCUCCCUGGAUAGAGGGUGCCCCUCGGCUGCUUUUAUGAGCCAGUUGUUGGUGGGACAGAAGAUCAUGUCUGAGAACCUUCGGCUCCCCUCCUUCCAGGUGCAAUCCCCCGGCGACUGGGAGACCCAGGAUGGCGACCCAGGAUUGGGAGCCUCCGCAUCGGGAGACGAAGUUGAGGUACCCGCCGGGGAUGGUGACCCUUCCGCCACUCCGUCCCUCCGCCGCAAGCGCUUCAAGAUGCGCCGCAUGAAGAACGUGCAGAGUGAGAGCAGCGUGACCCCGGCUGUGUCUGUGGCGGCUGCCACGAGGUCAGAGGUCAUGAGUAAGGGCCAUGGGUCACGCUCCUUCUCAGGGGCCAUGGAGUACCUUCAGCUGCCGUCCAUCGAGAUAACGCCAAUCAGCGACGAGGACGCGGCAGCCACCUGGUCCAACUGCUCCACACCCAGCGCUUCGCCGCGACGCAAACGCUUCCUGCUACGGCGUUGGCUGAACGUGCGAGAGAGGAAGGAGCACAGCAGUGAGAGCAGCAGGGAGAGCAGCCUACAAAGCAGCCAUGAGGAGGACUCUGCUCACUUCUUGACCCCUCAUCGCCGGGAGGAGAGCACUGCCAGCAAUUCGAACCGGAGCACGCCUGCUUGCUCGCCCAUCCUGCGCCAUCGCUCUCGCUCGCCCACACCCCAGCAGAGCUUGGAGCACAGUGGUGAGAACAUGGUGGAGAAGGGCCACUUGGACCCCGCCUCUGACAAGGACAAGUCCCCCUCCACCCCAGAGCAGGUGGUGCAGCGCACCUACAGCCAGUCGGUACACUCCGCCACACGCAGCAGUGGAGGCAAGAACUCCAAGAAAAGCCAGAGCUGGUACAAUGUAUUGAGUCCUACGUAUAAGCAACGCAAUGAGGACUUCAGAAAACUCUUCAAGCAGCUACCCGACUCAGAACGCCUCAUCGUGGACUACUCCUGUGCCCUGCAAAGAGAUAUCCUGCUGCAGGGGCGCCUCUACGUCUCAGAAAACUGGAUUUGUUUCUAUAGCAACAUCUUCCGCUGGGAAACGCUGCUGACAGUCCGACUGAAGGAUAUCUGCAGCAUGACAAAGGAGAAGACGGCCCGCCUCAUUCCCAACGCCAUCCAGCUAUGCACUGACAAUGACAAGCACUUUUUCACCUCGUUCGGCGCAAGGGAUCGGACAUACAUGAUGAUGUUCAGACUAUGGCAGAAUGCUCUGCUAGAAAAGCCUUUGUGUCCCAAAGAGUUGUGGCACUUUGUCCAUCAGUGUUAUGGCAAUGAGCUGGGUCUGACCAGCGACGAUGAGGACUACGUGCCGCCAGACGAUGACUUCAACACCAUGGGGUAUUGCGAGGAGCUGCCCGUGGAGGAGAACGACACCAAUGACGCCACCACGCUCGCCAAGAUGCCAGACGUCAAGGGCGACACCAGCCCCCUGUUGUGCCGCAGAGUCUUCCCCGACAACGUCCUGCCCUGCCCGGGCAUCAUCGACCCUCUCCUUCCCUUUGAUUUGGCCGCCGUGGACGAUUUCCCCUUGUGUCUCCCUGAUGGCGAACUCCUGACCCUCCAGUUGCCGGGGUUGGACAACCGGAGCAGUGGUCACAGCAGUCCCGCCCCCUCGCCCUCGCUGGACUUCAACGACAAUGAGGACCUCCCUACUGAGCUCAGCGACUCCUCUGAGACGCACGACGAAGGGGAGGUGCAGGCCUUUCAUGAAGACCUGAAUGGGAAGCAGUACAUGAACGAGGUGUACGAGUUCAGCGUUGACAAGAUGUACGACAUCCUCUUCACCGAGUCCACCUUUAUGAGGGACUUCCUAGAGCAGAGACGCUUUUCAGACAUAGUCUAUCACCCUUGGAAGAAAGAGAAAGACGAGGCAGGCAACCAGACCAGAGAGAUCAUGUACACCGUCUCCCUCACCAACCCCUUGGCCCCCAAGACCGCCACCGUCACUGAGACUCAGACGCUGUACAAGGCCAGCCAGGAGAGCGAGUGCUACAUCAUAGAUGCCGAGGUGAUAGCACAUGAUGUCCCCUACCAUGACUACUUCUACACUCUAAACCGCUACGUGCUCACCAGGGUGGCCAGGAAGAAGUGUCGGCUAAGGGUAUCCACAGAGUUGCGCUACAAGAAACAGCCGUGGGGGCUGGUCAAGGGCUUCAUCGAGAGGAACUUCUGGAGCGGCCUGGACGAGUACUUCAGACACUUAGAGCUGGAGCUGAGUAAAGUGGAGGUGGUCCUGGUUGAGCCCCACAGACAGUCCCCCAGGGCCAGGGCUCUACGGGCAGGGGCGUUGAGGCGGCGGAAACGGCCCUUGGUCCACCUGCGGCCCCCCCACAUGGACGAGGCCCUUAGCCCCGUCACCACCCCCGAGGACGAGGACGAGGUCACCCACCACCAUCGCAUCAAACAAGUGGCAGGUUCCACUCAGACCAGACACAUCCCGGACCAUGUCCCAGGGGGCCUAGCGCUCUACAGCGUCUCCAAGCUACUCCUCAUCAUCAGCUUUGUUCUAGUAUUGCUGGUGUUUCUGAACAUGAUGCUGUUCUAUAAGCUGUGGAUGCUGGAGUACACCACACAGAGUCUCACCUCAUGGCAUGGCAUACGACCACAAGAAAGUAAACUGCCCCAGACCCAGCUGGAGUGGGCCCAGCUCCUGGAGUCGCAGCAGCGUUACCAUGACGAUGAGCUGCAGAAGUGGAAGGAGAUCAUCAAGUCGUCUGUGAUGUUGCUGGAUGAGAUGAAGGACUCGUUACUAAACCUGCAGAAGGGAAUGGGUUUAAAGGACUUUAACUCGGAAUCGGAGGAAAAGGGGAGUCGAUAUCACUGAUAAACAAUCCCAAGGCCACCAGCCGGGACAUUAUGUGCAAUAUCUAACCAACCAUUCAUGGGAACUCUUGGGCAAAGAACAGAAGGAUGUUCUAUUGCAAGGUGGACAGGACCACUCUCCCACUGCCCAACUUCUGGCAUGAAGUGACCGAAUCACCAUCAGGGCCGGAGUGGGAUGGCAGCCAUCGUUGCAUCAUGUGAAAAGACAGCAGUGAUGGUCCUUGUUAUCCCGGGAUCCUUGGGACGUCCCUACCCCAUUGAAGUUUAAGUUUGAAAUUGUUUAAGGUAAGGGUUAAGGUUCGGUAAAGUUUAUUGCGACGGUUAGCGUUAGGGGUUAAUGUUAGGGAUUAGGGUGGGAACGUCCCAAGGAUCCCGGAUAGCACUAACUGUUCCGUGACCCACCUUGGCCUGAACUCUGAACUUUUUAUCACCUUGUUUUCCGAGAAUGUCGUACUGUAAAGUUUUUUGUUUUUGGGGGCCACGUACGGACAUAGAAGGGAUGGCGUGGGGGGCUGGUGAAAGCAUGCAGUUUCUUGUCUCCGUCUGAAGAAAAAAAAUGCUUUCCUGGUGGAGAUGUGUAUUGAAACCUUUGCGUACUCUGUCUCAGACUG